UGUUUCACCCACCACUGCCAAAGCUCUCAGAUAUCAAAGUCAAUGCACAGCGGUUGACCAGAGCUUCAUAAAUAGAGAACCAAUGUCCUCCAAAGCCCUGAUGAACGCCACCUCAUCCUCCAAUAUCACAGAGCCCUCUGUCUACCCGAGUGAGGCGAUGCGUGUCCUGCAGAUGAUUGUGACUGUGAUGAUCUUCCUCAUUGGUGUGUUUCUAAACAGUCUUGUAGUCUGGGUGCUGGGGGUUCGAACUGGCAGCCGGAACAGGGGAGCAACUGGUGAGACACAGGGCGCUGGAAGCUUUCGGAUCUACGUAGUGAACCUGGCGCUUGCUGAUUUGGUGCUGUUGCUACGUACACCAUUAAUGCUAUCCUACUUGGUGCACAACUUCAACUGGACUUUGGGGGAACACAUAUGCAAGCUGGUCAUGUACUUGCGCUGCCUUGGAUUGUAUGCAAGCGCAUUUUUGCUGUGCGCAGUGGCAGUGGAGCGCUGCUUGUGUCUUCUCAGACCUGUCUGGGCUCGACUGAGGCGGCCACGCUGGGCCGUGUUACUAGCCUGUGCUGUAAUUUGGGUGUUAGCUGCAGUCCUGGCUUUGCCCUACAUAUAUGCAGCUAAACUCUUUUCCUGGGAGAACCGCACUGCCUGCAUAGAAAGUGAGUUAGGAGCUGGACAAGCCUUGGUUGUGGUGGAGACGAUGGCAGGCUUCUUGCUACCUCUGGUGAUCUUCUUGUCCUGCAACAUCGCAGUGUUGUUUUGCGCAAAAAAGGCUGAGUCUGGAGUGGCAACAUCCCCGGUGUCAUCACCUACAUCUUCAUCUGGACCAGGUUACACAUCCCAACGGAUAACACGUCUCUACCGGGUACUGUUCCUCACCAUGCUCCUUUUUCUUACCUGCUGGGUGCCGUACUUCACCUGCCGCUUCCUAAAGGCUCUGUCGCAUAAGCGUCCAAACUGGGAAAAGCUCAACAAGGGGGCAAUUGGAGGUGCUUACAUUGCACUGUUCCUGGUUUACAUUAAGAGUGCUCUAAACCCCAUCCUAUACGUGUUUGCAGCUCGUGGACUAGGCCGCACAGUUCGCGCCUCACUUCUCUCGACAAUUGAACGAGUCUUCAAUGAUGAAAUGUCAGAAUCUUUACGAAGGAAGUCCUUACGGAGAAGAGACUCACAGUUUUAGGGGACUCUUGAAG